UCUCUUCUUCCUUGGAUUACUGUAUUGUUUCACGUCAUAAUCACUCUUCAUCUUGCUCUCUCGUCCCCAUGUAGGGAGAGAGGAAAGAGGAGAUCACCCGGCAGCUACUCACCUACAAAACCCAUUUUGCUCAAAUCUUGAAAAGAACAUAUACAAGACCCAUUUUUUCUUCUUCGACCUUUGGGCAUUGUCAUUGAUGAUCUCCGCCUCACCUACCCAUAUACAUGAAGAAUCUCUAUCUGGCCCUUGACAAUGUCAAAUUUGCCGAAGUGCCACGUUGUUGAGGUCCAAGAGUGUCACAUUUCAGAUGAGGAGCAGAGAGCUUGCUGCUCCAAUGAGUCUGGCUCUGAGAUUGAAGGUGUCGGUGCUGCAUCUGAGAAAGACAGGUCGUCCUCUGCAUCAGAGUGCUCUGUGGGGGUGGAUCUUGAGGAUGGGGGUCCCGAGAUCAAGGCGCAUUUGGCAAACGUGGAGAGAGAUUGCAGGAUUUGCCAUCUGAGCUUGGAUGCCACAAAUCAAGAAUCUGGGGUGGCCAUUGAGUUGGGCUGUUCUUGCAAGGAUGACUUGGCUGCUGCCCAUAAGCUCUGUGCUGAGGCUUGGUUCAAGAUAAAGGGUAACAAAGUUUGUGAGAUCUGUGGAUCGACUGCACGUAACGUGACUGGUGCUAAUGAGGCUGAGUUGAUGGAGCAGUGGAACGAGGCAAGUGAUGCAGCCACCACCCCAGCAGUGACUGCUCCGCCGCCUGUGCAACCCACAGAGACAAGGAACUUCUGGCAGGGCCACCGCUUUCUGAACUUUCUCCUUGCUUGCAUGGUCUUUGCUUUUGUUAUCUCUUGGCUAUUCCACUUCAACAUACCCUCUUAAUUAGGGACAAAUGACAUGAUUCUGUGUGUUGCCGAAGAUGAAGGUACACAUGCCACCACUUGAAGCAUUCAUUCAGCUACAUUCUUAGUACGUCUUGUCAAAUGUGCUAUAUCAUCCGGAGCGAGCUUCAUUUACCGUGAUAAUAUAUACCCACUUAUGUCUCAUGUUCAACCGACUGUCAUGUAAAGCAAGUUCUAUUGUCGAUGCUUUGAUCUGUGUGAACGAAACAUGAUAUAUUUUUGGUAGUUCUAUGUGAUUUGCACCUGUUUUAUAUC